AUGCAGCCUCACAGCCCCUGGAUGGAGCUGGCGCCAGCCCAGAGGGUGGAUAAGCUCAGAUGGCUCACCGGACCAGCCUUGGGCAUCCUGGAGGACUGGGACACAGGGCAGGACCGGAGGAAGGUGCCUGGGGAAGACAGAACUGAGAAGCGGAGGAAGACCAAGAAAAGAAGGAAUAAUGGUCGUGCCAAAAAAGGCCGAGGCCAUGUGCAGCUUAUUCAUUGCACCAACUGUGCCCAGUACGUUCCCAAGAAAAAGGCCAUUAAGAAGUUUUUUGUCAUUCGAAACAUAGUAGAGGCUGCGGCCAUUAGGGACAUCGCCAAAGCUAGUGUCUUCGAUGCCUACGUGCUUCCCAAGUUGUAUGUGAAGCUGCAUUACUAUGUGAGCUGUGCCAUUCACAGCAAGAUAGUCAGGAAUCGUUCUCGUGAAGCCUGGAAGGACCGAACACCCCCACCCCGAUUUAGGCCUGCGGGUGCUGCCCCACGACCUCCACCAAAGCCCAUGUAAGGAGCUAAGUCUUCAAAGAGUGAAGAAAACUUCUCUGGGGGAAAAAUAAGUGGA